AUGGUAGAAACGAAAUAUGUCUCGUCACUCGAGAAACUAACAACUAACUUUAUUCAUUCUGUUGCUGAUAAUGGAAUCGUACUUUCCAAAUCCACAAAUUUUUCAGUAGCUGGAAUAAUAUCUGAUGGUGAAAAUGAAACGACGUCUCGAAAAUUUCAUUUUGGAUUAAUAGUUGAUGAAGAAAGAAUUACAAAAACGAAGAAAGGAUAUAGUAACUUUUAUGCUGUUCUGAACAUUCAAUACGUCAAUCCGAUUGGAAGUUCAAUUAUUAAUUUAGUCACCACAAAAUCCAAAGCAUAUUCUUAUCUUCUGGAAAACAAUGUAUCCAUCGGAGAAGAUUAUGCGCAUAAAUUUUUCGAGUCUAUUCCUUUCAUACCUUCGACGACACCUCUUGAUCUUAAUAAUGAUACAUAUCGAGCUAUUUAUUGCAAUAUUAUGAUUCCGCUGGUUGAGCUAAGAUUUGAUCGAAUCACACCAUCCGAUGAGUUAACCCAAGCUCUUGGGAAUGCUCUGUCUGAUACAAACCCAUAUGUUUUAUUGUAUGAAGUCUUCAAAAAGUUUGGCCAUUUAGUUCCUCGCAAGAUGAUAAUUGGUAAAAAGUUAUCACGUAAUUGCCAAGGAUUUAUUUUGGGAUCACAUUUAAAGCACUCAAACCAAUCCAAGAAAAAAUUUUUGUCGACUUCUAGUGAAAAAUUUGAUGAGAUUCAACCAAUUUUGAAUGAAUGGAAAAAUCUUCUUUCAGUAAAUGGGCUUGAUUCAACCUACUUCAUGUCCAGUGAAG